AUGUCAUUAAAUAAAAAUGCAAAAAUACCAAAAAAGUUUGGCUCUAAGGCAGAAAACGUUUCUAAGAGAACAGUGCAGUCUCAUCAAGAAAAUAAUAGAAAAAAACCAAAAAUAUUUGAUCUUAAACCAUUUGAAGAGGAAGAUCAUGGGUUUGUAUUUGUCAGAAAACGAAAGCUUGACGAGUUUGUCAAUAAACAAUCCCAAACUCAACUUUCCGAGGUAUAUAGUAUCAAUUAUAUAAUUAGAUACAGAGACAAUCCUAUUCUUUUUUUUGCAUCACAAAUAAAUAACAAAACUUUUAAUGUGUCAAAGUAUAACUAUGGACAUUUUACCCAAGGUGAAAACUCAAAUUCAUCCAAUCAAUCACAUGAAAUUCAAACUUUUAAGCAAAUUAUGGAUUUAGAAGAAGAAAAUGAAGAAAAUUCUAGUGUGGAAGAUAGUAUCAACAGUUCACCUGUAAAUAUGGAGCACACAGUUACUUUUACACUACCAUAUGAAUCUUUGGAGUUUGUUAGACCUAGAGAUUCCCUAGAAAAAAAUCGAAGAACAAGCGAAAAAAGAGGGAAGAGGAGAGCAUCUUCUGUUAGAGAUGGAUUUUUAGAUUUCUAUCGUCAUAUUCAACCUGAAUUGCCUAAUCCAGUAAGAUUGAAACAGCUUUUAAUGUGGUGCGCACAAAGAACUCUUGGAACUCAAAAACAUGAAAAUGAAAAGGUUUUAAACAUAGUAAAGAAAGUUCAAAAAGAUGUAAUAAGAGAUUUGUCUGAAAACAUAAUUAGUACAUCUUGUGAAUGUGUUGGCAAUGAUGAUGUUGUACCAAAAAAAUUACAUCCAGAAAAUGAAAAAAAUAAAACAAAAUUAGAGGCGUUAAAAAAAACAUUAGAAAGGUUGAAUAAGGAAGAAGCAGAAUGGGAUAGAUUAGUUUCAGAAUUGAAUUCUCUUUAUGAUUCAGUUUCAAACUCCGAUCAGAACCCUUCAGAUUACAACAAUGUAAUGCUUGAUGAAAUAGACUUUACUAUAUUACCAGAACAGCAAUUAAAAUUUUUAAAAGAUGAUGAUCCAACAGCUGGAAUAUAUUGUAAAGAUUUACUAAAAAAACUUGGAGAAAUUUCUAAUAAAAGUGUUGAAGAACAUAUAGAUUUAUUAAGGGCAAUAUCAAUUAUUAAUAAAUAA